CAUUGAAAAAACAGCUAAAGUGGGAUCUGCUCAGCCUUUGAUUGAGGUUUAUAUAGCGCGGCUCCGGUCCUGCUUUGUGAGACCACCAAGUUUCAGUAGGCGACUGGCUCCAGCACUCUUUGCAUGAUGAGUAGUAAGAUCACCUUCUACGAGGACAGAAACUUCCAGGGCCGCUCCUAUGAUUGCGACACCGACUGCCCUGACAUGCACCCCCACUUCAGCCGCUGCAACUCCAUCAAGGUGGAGAGCGGCUGCUGGGUCCUGUACGAGAAGCCCAACUACACCGGCUACCAGUACGUCCUGACCAGAGGAGACUACCCUGACUACCAGCGCUGGAUGGGCUACAACGACACCAUCCGCUCCUGCCGCACCUUCUCUUAUACCAGCGAGGGGCCCUACCGCAUGCGCAUCUACGAGCGGCCCAACUUCCAGGGCCAGAUGAUGGAGUUCAGCGAGGACUGUGAGUCGGUGCAGGAUCACUUCCGCAGCCGCGACAUCUACUCCUGCAACGUCAUGGACGGCUACUGGACCCUGUACGAGCACCCCAACUUCCGCGGGCGCCAGUACUUCAUGAGGCCCGGGGAGUACCGCAAGUUCAGUGACUGGGGGGCCACCUGCGCCGCCACCGGCUCCUUCCGCAAAAUCACAGAGUUUUAAUUUGAAGAACAACACCCAGUAACUUCUCUAAAAGUCUAUUUGUGGAAACGGGUGAUGAGAUAAUGUGGAGUGGGAUGUUUCAUUGGGCUGAGAUCAGCAUGAUACUGUUUUAAAAAGCUGAAUAAAUGAAUCUAUUGUAAACUAUUUUUUUCUGCUUGUGAAUAAAUAUGUUGACUGAUUUAACUCAAA